AUGGCACGGCAUAUCAAGGAAUCUGAAUUUACCAUGUUGGAGGAUGGCUAUACGCCCAGAGAUCUGAUGGAGGAUCUUAUUAAUGACAUAUCCAAGACUGAUAGAGAUGCGUUCCUUGUGGCUGAUCUAGGAGAAAUAGUGAAGAAACAUUUGAGAUUUCUGAAAGCGUUGCCACGUGUGAAGCCUUUCUAUGCUGUUAAGUGUAACAGCAGUAUAGCUGUGAUUCAGAUUCUGGAUGAGCUGGGAACUGGAUUUGAUUGUGCCAGCAAGACAGAAAUUGCACUAGUCCAGGCAAUGGGAGUGAAGCCAGAGCACAUCAUUUAUGCAAAUCCCUGCAAGCAAAUAUCUCAUAUCAAGUUUGCAGCCACUUGUGGUAUCCAGAUAAUGACGUUUGAUAAUGAAGUGGAGCUGUUAAAGGUCUCACAGAGCCACCCAAAUGCUAAGAUGAUCCUGCGCAUAGUUGCAGAUGACUCAAAGUCUUCUAUACAACUGAGUGUUAAGUAUGGGGCUACUCUAAAUACAUGUGGACACCUGCUAGAAACAGCUAAGAAUCUCAAAGUAGAAGUAAUUGGUGUAAGUUUUCAUGUAGGUAGUGGAUGCAAUGAUCCUCGGGCAUAUGCUCAGUCCAUCGCAGAUGCCCGCUUGGUCUUUGAAAUGGCAUCUGAAUUUGGGCACAAAAUGAGACUACUGGAUAUUGGAGGGGGUUUUCCUGGGUCAGAGGACUCUAAAAUCAGAUUUGAACAGAUUGCUGAUGUAAUAAAUACAGCACUAGACCUGUAUUUCCCAGAAAGCUCUGCUGUGGAUAUAAUUGCUGAGCCAGGGAGGUAUUAUGUGGAAUCUGCAUUCUCCCUGGCUGUUAACAUCAUUGCCAAGAAAGAAGUACAGAUAGAAACAUCUGGAUCAGAUGGUGAAGGUAAUGGCAUCAACAAACAGAUAUUUUAUUAUCUCAAUGACGGUAUCUAUGGAUCAUUCAGUUGCAUAUUCUUUGAGCAUGGCGAUGUAAAACCCAUUGUCCACAAGAAGCUUUCCCCAGAUCAGCCCAUCUAUAGCAGUAGUCUGUGGGGACCAACCUGUGAUGGUUUGGAUCGGAUCGCUGAACAUCUCAGGUUGCCUGAACUUUAUGUUGGGGACUGGCUUUUAUUUAACAACAUGGGAGCCUAUACAGUGGCAACUUCUUGUUCUUUCAAUGGCUUUCUUCCACCCCCGAUCCACUUUGCUAUGUCACGUCAAACCUGGGAAGAUGUUCAGCUGCUGCAGAAAGGCAUCCUGCAAUCUGAAGACCUAUGA